CUCAGGUUCACCCUAUAUGCUGUGGACAGUCGAGGGAGUCGUUCAGAGUCUAGCUUUGUCUCAGUGCGGACGUCUUGUCCAAUGGUAGAUGAUAGCAGAGCAGAAGAGAUAGCAGACAAGGUAUAUAACCUGUACAACGGCUACACCAGUGGCAAGGAGCAGCAGACGGCCUACAACACUCUGAUGGAGAUUCCUCCUCCGCUGCUUUACAGGGUGCAGCACCACUACAACUCCCACUACGAGAAGUUUGGAGACUUCGUCUGGCGGAGCGAAGAUGAGCUGGGACCCAGGAAAGCACAUCUGAUCCUGCGCAGAGUGGAGAGGAUCAGCCGGUACUGCCGGGCCCUGCUCCACAGCGCAUACAUUCAGAGCCGCACAGACACCAUGGCCUACGUGUUCUGUCGCAGCGAGGAGGUUCGGCCCACCAGCAAAGUGUGGCAUGGCUCCCUGCAUGAGACCCGCACCACCUGCAUGGAGAAACUGAUCUCAGUACAACGCAGCACAUACGGCAACGCCAAGCUCCGAUGAGACAAGCUGCCCGACGACACAAUGACAGCCGCCUCCUCCUCGUUUCUGGUCUCUCCACUGACUGGUAUUUUUCCAAAUCAGGAGAGCCCUGAAUCCUCGACCCCACUGGACAUUGUUAGAACUACUGUCAAACACCCUCAAAUGCUUUUUUGGAAAAAGUGCUAAGAACUGCUUGAAGAGGGAAGACGGUUUGGAUGUACAUGCCAGUGACCACCACUAUCAAUGAGGUUGGAGCAAUGUGAGCAUGUAAAUUAUCAUUCAACCCAGAGCAAAUUGGUUGGCAAAAAAAUACUGAAUGUAAUAUUGCAGUUUCUCAUGGUACUUCGACUGGAAGCGUACCAGGGAAACAAGCGAACAAAAAAAACAACUCCCUGUUUGUCUCUCCUCUUGGCUGGAGAGAUGUGAAAGAGAGCGUUUAGAUUUGAUUUGAUUCAUUUGUAAUACUUAAACAUAGCACCACUACAAUAAUGUCGUCGUUUUAAUGCAGACAACAUAGUGUUUAUAAUAAAGGCUACGGAGAAAUCCUGUGUGACGGAUUGUGAUGUCAUCAGCUGUACCGUACGGUGUGUGAGUUAACGCUUUGCAGCUAGAAAAGUCCUCAACCAGCAGUGUUUCCUUUUUUUUGUUAGUUUGUUUAUUGUGGUUUAUCUCCUCAGAAAGGUUGACAGAGGUGGAGAGCUCCUAAACCACAGGGAAAAUCCUUAUUUAAAAAAGAGUCCAUUCAAAUGGUCCACUGGUGAAUAUAGGUAACGAAAAAGAAAACAUUUUCAUAGGAAAAUAUUCCAAAUGACUUCAAGAUUUGAUGCUAUAUGUAUGGAUUGCAGGGUGAUGGCAGGUGAAUGCCAAUGAGUAAUGAAACGCUAUAAAGGAAUCAUGUUUAAUGGUAUGGAUCUUGUAGGAUCCCUUCCCUCAAGGAAACAUUUACUUGACUUUCCAUCUCUCAAGAGCCAUGGACAUAAAAAUCCAACUCAAUUGUUUUUUUUUGUAUUGAUUAUCAUUUCACGUUAUAUCAAUUGUAAUAGUAAAUGAUUAUAUUGUAAAUAUGAAAUUGUAAAUAACAUAUGUAUUAUUAUGUGGCUUUAAUUGUCUUUUCUUUUCGAGAGAAUGUGAAAUAUUAAAUACUAUAUAUCA